AACCUAACCGGAAUCUGCUGGUCCACUCCGACACACUGUUCAUUUCACGAACAGCGCAUCUUUCCACAGAGCAAGAUGAAUUAUGAGGAGCUCGAGGCGCUCGAGGCAGUGUUGGCCUUCGUCAACGCCCGUGACGAUACAACGGACCUCUCUCCCAGUCAUAGUACCGAUGCGAGCAGUUACAGCGUGCCAAUAGUGCCUGACGACGCCGUGUGGUUGUCGGAGGUUACAAGUGACAAAAAGGGGAUUUGUGAGCCAACCAGUGCCGUGAAGCAAGAGAUUGUCCGCCUAAAGGAAAUGAUAAAGAUUCCAGGAAGAAAUCGAUCCCGAGACCUCCGAAAGUUGGAGACACUGCAGUUGCAAAUGGAAGCGGAAGAGUUACAGCAACGAAUACAAGAGCUGCGUUAUACGAAAAUGCCCGUCGACGAGGAGCUUCUCCAUCCCUCUACUGGCACGAUCCAGCGACCCGAUGGAGGUCGUCUAGAUGCCUGGCUAGGUUUGGCGAAGAGACAGAAGCGACUGCGAAAUGAAGCGGAGUCUGAAAACGAGUAUCUUCGGGGGCUCGUUCAAAGCCAAAUGAAAACUAUCCAGAAGCUGAAGCGGCUAUUUCACAACCAGACAGUGGCAAAGAAAUUUCCAUCCUUAGUUCGAAGGAUGAUCCCAACCUUCGUCCCGGAUAAUGGUGAUCAUGGGCUCAAAGUGUUGGAGCGACUCGGCAGCAGUCUAAACGAUUUGUUUCUCGAAACCGAUCAUGUGUUUCAGUCGAAUGGCUUCAGCUCCAUUUCGUCUCCUUUCUCACAGGUGAAUACUCAGCCACUGUCGUCUUCCAGCACGCGAAUUGAGGUGCUCAAGUGCGAUGUACUUCCGUUCGACUAUCGUACACUUGCAAAGGCAAUCAUGAGGAAUUUGGCAUCGGAUUAUACGUCAGAUGGCAAAGGCAAACACAUCCCCCCCAACCUAGACAUGAAAGUGGCGGCACGAGUCGAUACAUUGGUUAUAGAAGAACUCAUGAAGAUACAGCUUCGCUACAUGGCAGUCAGACACGCGGAAGAUAACCGAGAAGUCAUCGUGCUUACAGGUCAGGAUGAACUCUUGGAGGUGUUUGGAGUUGCAGUGGACGGUAUCAAAUUACAAGAACGAUCCUGCCAUUGCUUAAGGACCGUCGUGAGUUCACCAACAAAGUGUACGACCUAAUAGCUCGUUUCGAACAAGAGAUGUCUGAUUCCUCGCUGAAGGAAGUUGAGCAUGAGCUCCUCCAUGCUGCUGCACAAAGUGGUGUUUCUUAAAACUUUUAUCGCCGUAGCUGAACGAAUAGUUAACGACUUUGAUGAAAGACAAAGUGGUGCACGGAUAGACGUAUUUGAGGGUCGAAAGCGGAAAACGGUGGGGAGAGCGCGUGGAAGUGAAGAUCCAUCACGUUGAAGUGUCAAUUCAGUGUUAAUUCAGUAAUGAGAAGCACUCAAUUUCAAGUUCUGGAAAUCGUAUUGAUCACAGAAGUUCACGAAUUCAUCCGUCGCACUCACACAACAGAAAAUCGAGCGAAUUAGCUGAUGCGGAUAACGAAAAGCAG